AACAAUACCUUAUACAAAAAAAAAAAAAAAAAAAACCAACAAUUGCUCAUUAUUCUUAAUUCUCACUUUCUUCAAAUUUUUUGGUUACAUUGUAUUACAAACAUGGCAUCCAUGACCUUGAACACAAUCAUUCCCAAUGUUACAAUUUCCAACAACACUAAACACUCAUUUGGAGGCUUAACAACUGUGCCAUGUAAUAAGAUUCAUAAUAAUAAUAAUAAUCAGAAGAGAUCAUCAUCAGUUGUUGUUUCAGCAGUUGGAGAUGUAUCUUCUGAUGGUACUAUUUAUCUUGUUGCUGGUGCUAUUGGAAUUGCUCUUGUUGGAACUGCAUUUCCUAUCAUUUUCUCUCGUAAAGACACAUGCCCAGAAUGUGAUGGAGCAGGGUUUGUUAGGAAAGGUGGGGUGACAUUGAGAGCAAAUGCAGCAAGAAAGGAUCAAACUCAAAUUGUUUGUGCUCGCUGUGAUGGUUUGGGAAAACUUAACCAAGUUGACAAAUAGAAAUGCUUUUUUCUUUUGACCAUUACUUUUUCCACCUUAUGAGUUUCUCGUGCGCCUAUUUGAAUUUUAAAAUCUGAAAUAUUUCAACGUGUUUUUGGAGGUUUUUACAGGGUGUUUAUGCCAUUCGGAUUUUAUAAUCUAAACUAUAUAGAGUGCGUGAGAAACUCAUAAGAUGGGAAAAGAAGCGGUCUUUUCUUUUUCGAUUUCGUGUGUAAUGUAAUGUAAGUAGUUAUAAAAGUAUUUGCUUCUCUUGCAUUUCUUUCUUUGUGAUGAACUUCAUAAUGUAAGGAGGGAAGGGAAAGACACAAAUCUGAUUUGUUGCCUUUUCUGUCUAUCAUCAUGAUACAUUGAUGUAUGUUCUUAAAAAAUUCUUAAAAAAACCAUAUCCGUUUUUUCUUUUGGUUUAAA